AUGGCUCGACUUACAACCUUGGCUGGUGAGUUACAGUUUUAUUAAAGGCUUUGAUCAAGAAAAAUAAGCAUAUGAAAAAUGAAAAUUCUCACUUCUUUUGAAUUUUUCACAGGCUUGACCUUCUUGAUGUGCCUCCAACUGGGUACGCAUUAUCGAACUCUCUUAUAGUCACAGAAAACUGCUUAUCUACCACCAUGAUUUUGACUUUUUUAACCCCAUCUUUCCAUCUACCAACAGCAUCUUCUGUCAAACUGGUGUGCUACUUCACCAACUGGUCCCAGUACAGACCAGGUGUCGGCAAAUACAUGCCGUCCAAUGUGGACCCCCACCUUUGCACACACCUCAUCUACGCCUUCUCAGUCGUCAGCCCCUUGAAUGAGCUGACCACCUACGAGUGGAAUGAUGACGUCCUCUAUAGAUCCUUCAACGAGCUCAAGCAGAGGUGAGUCAUGCCCACUUGUAUCAUAUCAGUGACUGAUUACACCAGCAGGGGUGAUAAAGACGGAUGUCUGAAGUACAUCUGCUGAGGACAUUUUCCCCUUGUUCUGUGAAAACCAAGUAGGUCAAAACAUCAUGAGCUCAAGAGUCACACAUGUUGACAUGUAUGAGUUGCUUAAUCAUUACUAAUUAUUCAUUAUUUGAUUUUAAGGUGUGUCAGAACUAGACUGCUUUCCAAACAAAUGUCUUGUAAAGAUUAUUGAGGGUGACCAUAUUCUGACUUCCCAAAAGGAGGACACAACUACACGAGUCAUAGAUUUUUUGAGAGUUUUUCUGGUCAGAUCGAAUGUUUUUAAUGCACUUCUAACUAAGUUUGUCCAUGUGACACAAAAUUUGAAACUUCUGUACAAAACCGCAGACAUUUGAAGGAUUUUAUAAACUUCCUAGGACAAAGCCGGACAGACCCCAAAAAAGAGGACAUGUCCGGGUAAAAGAGGACAUAUGGUCAUCCUAGAUUAUAAAUUUCACUUGAAGCAACUGUGGGUAACUUCCAGUGUGUGUUGGUUUUGGCGCCCUCCUGUGGAGAAAGAAAUCAUAUCUUAUAUCGUCCUCUCGAUGCUUAAGUCACAUUGUUUGAUUGUACAAGUGUUUUAGAAAUUUUGAUAAGGAUCAUGAGUAAAAGAAGUGUAAACUACCAGCAGUUUUAUCUGAAAUUAAUAUUUAUGCAUGAAAAUACUUUGAUUCCCUUAUCCUGGAAUAUUUCAAAGAUAUUUGUUUGCUAAUUCGCUAAAAACAAACACAUUUUUGCUUAUUUCUUGUACAGAAACCCAGCUCUGAAGACUCUGUUGGCUGUUGGCGGCUGGAACUUUGGAACCACCCAGUAAGUCCACCAAGCUUUAGCAAUAAUAACUUCAUCCUGUGAAAAUAUGGACCAAAUGAUCCUUUAAAGGAAUAAAAAAUCUCCAUGAUUGCAGAUAAAAAAAAUGCUUUCUUUUGACAGGUUUACCACCUUGGUUUCAUCCCCGGAAAACCGCAAAACAUUUAUCCAGUCCUCCAUCAGAUUCUUGAGACUGCACGGCUUUGACGGACUGGAUCUCGACUGGGAGUACCCCGGAGCACGAGGAAGCCCCCCAGAGGACAAGAGGAGGUUCACAAUGCUCUGCAGGGUCAGUGUGGAAGUCUAGGAUCUGACGUCUUCUGCAGUAUUGACAUAUUUGCAUGACUAUCACAGUGCGUGUUUGCUCUUUCCUUUUAGGAACUACUGGCUGCAUUUGAAAAAGAAGCAGCUGAGACCAAAAGACCUCGACUGCUGCUUACAGCUGCAGUGGCUGCUGGGAAGGAAAAUAUUGACAACGGAUAUGAGAUUUCCAAAGUGUCAAAGUGAGUGUCAGUGACAGAUAUUUUGAGUUAUGAAAGGAAAUCCCAUCUUGAGACCUCCUUGGUCUGUUGCUGGUGUAACAUGUAGAUGUGAUUUACACUGCUGUGCUUAUGUCUAACAGGUUCCUGGACUUCAUAAAUAUCAUGACCUAUGACUUCCACGGAGCAUGGGACACGACCACAGGCCACAACAGCCCUCUGUACGGCAGCUCUACCGAUAAGGGCGCCAGUAUCUUUUUCAAUGUGGUGAGUAAAAUCCUCCUCCUCCUUCUCAACUCCUGCAAAACAAGUGAAAAAAACUCUAAAUUUCUCUUCUUUUGAUGCUUAUUUUCAUGAUUUCUUUGCAGGACUUUGCCAUGAAAUACUGGGAGAAAAAAGGAGCUCCUCCCAAAAAGCUCAUGGUUGGUUUCCCCACUUACGGACGCACAUUUCGCACAUCAUCACCGUCUACUGACCUUGGUGCACCUGCCAGUGGACCAGCCUCUGCUGGGGUUUACACUCGGGAGGCUGGAUUCUGGUCCUACUAUGAGGUCAGUGAAAGCAGCAGUAAGAGAGACAAAAGUUUAACAAAUGACCUUAAAGGGAUAUUGCGGCGUAAAAUUAAUUUAGGGUCAAACACACCGUAACACCAGGUUAAACAAGCUGUCAAGAGAUGAAUGUUGAUGGCCACUCGCUUUUCUAGUUAUAGCAACUUUAGUAACGACCGCACGAUAGCAAUAGACAGUGGUCUGAGGAUCCAUAAACAAACCUCAACCAAAACGCCACUCUAUAGCCACAAAUAAUGCUCAGAACAGCACCUAACUUCAUCAACAGUACAUAUAGGGUCCUAGCCACAGCACUAGCCACCAAACAUCUUUUAAACUUUGCCUGAUUUCUUAAGCAAAGAGACUAAACACAGCUCACCUACUCUCUUCCAACAGCCGCUUGUUUGUAGCGAGACCUUAGGCCAGCCCAUUACGGACUGCUGUGGGGUGAAGCAGCUCAAUGAAGAACAUUUAUGAAUGGUGUAUUUGACCCUAAAUUAAUUUCACACCAGAAUAUCCCUUUAAUGACCUAAAUCAGAUAGGCAAGGAUUAAGGCACAAAUUGGGGAUCUUUCCAAAAAGACAUAAUAUUUUCUGCUUUUCUUUUUCAGAUUUGCACUUUCACCCAAGGAGGCAACAUCCACUGGAUAGACGAGCAAAUGGUUCCCUAUGCUGUUAAAGGAAAUGAGUGGGUUGGGUUUGAUAACAUGCAGAGCUUUGAAAUCAAGGUAAUUAUUACUACAUUAAUCCUCAUAUCAGAACAAAUCUAGUGUGUCACUUUCUUCACUUCUGCACAAGGUAUAGCUGAUGAUUAAGAUGAAAAGCUGUACGGGUAGUACCUCUGACUGAGCAGAAGGUGGCGCUCUAAGAUGAUAGAUAUGAGCUCAGCGGGCUGCAGACUUCUGGAGGUGGUUGAGUGAAGCACGACAGUAAAUUUAAUGCAUUCCUGCCUGACAUCACGUGACAUGCCUGCAGCUUCACUUAUCGAUCACCUUGUUUUUGUCGACUCACAUGAAGACAAAAAUCAGUCUUGCUCACGUGUUCUUAAAGCAAGAAAUGAGUCGAAUCAGAACUAAACUUCAAAUGCUGUACUUCUGAACAUCACCAGUAUCCUCUGUCCGCCCAUAUUCACUAAACUUUUGAAUAUUUUUACAUGAAGUGGAAAACUCUGGCUCGAGGCCAACAACGUGCACACACUUAUGAUUAUUCAACACGUGGUGGACUUAUUCAAACAUCAACCACAGAAAGACAAUUAAUGUACUCAACCACCACUUAGUAAGCUCAUCCGCCGGUAAAUGUUCUGCCUGUUCCCCUAAGACUGUGUUUGACCGGUUUGACUUGUCAUCUUAACACCUUUUAAUCCCCUAUCUCAAAUUACGAUUUUAAGUGGCUGGGAAAUACCUACAGUAAACGGCGCAGCACUUUAAACAGGUUGUUUUGCUGCCCAAUGUGAGAUUGCAGUGUUGACUUAAAGUCCAUGUGAGGGAAAAGUUGACUUAUUGUCAGGGGGGGAAGCAAAUUUUUGGGUGUGACACUCAAAGUGUCUCGUGCGGCUCAGUAGAAACAUGCAAAUAUGACUUUCUGUGAGGUUUCGGUGGAAGGAUUCACUGAAUCAACUGCUGUGUUUAAACAGCAGGUUAUGGAGUAGGAAGUGGAUGUUAUUGAUGAAAUGCAGAGUUUUACUCUCAGUGUGAAUAAAAGAGUCAUUGUCAUAAUCCAGUUCAGUCUUAGUUUGAACCAAUGAGAGUAGAGUUUCUAUGUUUUGAUGGUAUUUUGAUGUUCGAAUGUAGUUUUAUUUCACUUUAUUCAGUAUUAGUUUAUGAUCUAUGUUGCUCUUUAACCUGAUAUAAGGUAAUGUUAAACAGCGGUGGUGUAGAGCCAUGUUUCAUCCUGUUAAACAGCCUCAGCAAUGUGACAAAAUUUCCUUUAAUAAAGGGAUAUUCUGGCGUAAAAUUAAUUUAGGGUCAAACAGACGGUAACACCAAGUUAGACAUAUCCUCGAAAGAUAAUUGUUGCCGACCGCUUGCUUCUCUAGUUUUACCAACUUUAGUAAUGACCACAUGAUAGCAAAACACUGUGGUCUGAGGAGCCAUAAACAAACCUCAACCAAAUGCCACUCUAUAGCCACAAAUGGAAAUCCAAUCAGACAGAGACGCUAAAACAGGAGAACUACCACGUCUGCAGUGAAAAAUGAUUAACAUGGUGACUAUUACUUCAAGGAAAUGAUUAAAAAAAGUAGUCGGCAACACUGAUCUCUCGAAAGGGUGUCUAACUCGGUGUUACGUAUGUUUGAUCUUAACAAUUUUACGCCGGAAUAACCCUUUAACAGUAGCAAACACUCAGGCACACUCUUGGUUAGCUUGUUCGUUUUACUUUUCUUCUCAAAAAUGGGACCAAACUCAAAUCACAGCUUCUCUGAUUCUCCACAGGCAAAAUAUCUGAAAGACAACAAAUAUGGAGGAGCCUUCGUCUGGUCUCUGGAUCUGGAUGACUUUGCUGGAAGCUUCUGUAAACAAGGAAACUAUCCUCUCAUCAGCUACCUGAACUCCCUCCUUAACUCCGGUAAACUAAUACCCAAAAACUGCAGAACAUUUAUAACUUACUCUCCAUGAAUUUUCUGAGUUUAAAUCUUCUUUCUUUCUUCAGACUCCCCUCGUCCCCCUCCUACACCUCCACCUGUGGCCUCAACAACCCGCCCAGUCCCAGGGUCUACAACCACCACUGUCAAAACCACCACCACGGCUGAAGUGGCUCCUGGAGGUGGAUUCUGUGGCGGGAAGGCCGACGGCCUCUACUCAAACGAUGAAGACGCUAAUUCUUUCUAUCAGUGUGUCGGUGGGACCACGUACCUCCAGAAAUGUCCAGUAAACCUUAGGUUUGAUGACGCAUGCAAAUGUUGUAACUGGGCUUAA